GUGUGACACAUAGAGAAAAAUAAAUGUGGAAGGAUAUUAAGUGUAAAAAAGAGAUUGAAAUCGAAAAUCAAAUCAGUCCAAGUGAAAAAAUUCCAUAAGGCGAAAGCAAAAGUUGGUAAAUAAGUUCUGAUUGGAUUAAAAUGUGGUAGUGAAAACAUUGACCGUGAAAUAAAACCAUUUGGAUUGUUCCAAAACAAAUAUAUGAAAAUAUCUUGACAAAUCAAAGGUCGUGAUUAAUAAGUGUGCAAAUGCAAAGUGGCAACAACAAAAUUAAGGUUACAAUUGGUGCUUAAUUAGGUUUCGAGAGAUUCCCGAGACUUCGUUUCCAAUUAAAAAAGUGACGAACUAGUGAGCAACCGAACACAAAGUUACAUAGAGUAGGUGAGGAUAGACAUGUCAGACGUGUACUUAAAUACAUAAAUAAUUCGAUAUGUAUUUAGCAUUGUCAGUGUUUCAGAGGUUAUCACAAAGGAGUUAAUAUGAAAACAUAACUCUAAUAACCAUGUACAUGUGUUUAUGUAAAAAUUAAUUGUGGCUUUAGCAUCAAAAGCUUAUUUUAUUCAUUUUCUAAAAGUUUUUGUUUCUCUAUGCCAGUCCGAUUUUGGUAUUUACGUUCUUCAUUUAUGUAUGUGCAUUCAUACUAUGUGAUGUUUUUGUAACAAACCAUACUGGUAAUGGAAAUAUUAUUUGUAGAGAGUGACACCCUCAAACAAGUGUCCUUAAAAAUUUAUACUAAACUAUUUACUCUAUACAUCAUGUAUGUAAUACAAAUUAUGCGCUCAGCGCUACUUCGCUCCAGUUCUAACUAACUAUAUAAAACCCUUCAUGCCACUUCCGCCUCUCGCGUUUUUCUACUAUAAUAACGCUGUAUCAACAUUCGGCUGCCGUAGUUGCUAAUGAUACAUCAAUCUUGCGCUCUUUACGAGUUCUGCACCCAUCUGGGAUACAUCUCUUUGUGGUCUGCUGUUUAACUCCAUUAUUUUGCGCAAUUGAUUGUUGUUCGGUCGUUUGUCGGUUUAUGUAACAAGUGUGUUGUUGUGUUAUAUUGUUAUUGCAUUGUGCAUUAAAUAUUCUGUUUUACACAUGUAUAUAGUUAAAUAAUUAAAAUUGAAUGCAUACAUAUGUCGAGACAUCGUAAAACAACAAUAAAUAUACCACAAAUAUAGAAUAUAAAUAUAACACGAAUAAAGUUUAAAUUAAAAAAUAUAAAAAGACGUUAAACCCAAACAAAUCUAAUGAAUUUUGAUAUAAAAUAAUGAUUUGUAUAAAUGCAAAUGUAUGAAAUUAGUCAAAAUAACCAAUUGGCAAGUGUUUUGCGCAUCUGAAUAUUGAAAAUUGCCGUAACAAUUUGAGUUUUCUAAAUAAGAGUUUAUAAAAGUGCUGAUAAAUCCUUACAAAAACGCGCAUAUCCAUAUCCUCUAUUAAAAAUACAAACGAAAACUCGCAAGUUUACCUAAAAAAAAUUAUUUUUAUAAGAAAACAUAAUAAACAACUCGUUUCUGAAAACGAUAAUGUAAUACCAAAACUUGGAAAUUAUUAAGACUCAUCACGAUGACUAGUCCAGAAAAUAGAUUAACAAACCAUGAUAUUGCGCGUGAAGCCGGAAAUGAUGAACAUUUGCAUAUAACGUCGGGAACAAUUUCACUUGAAUACAAGCCAAUGCAACCAAACGCAACCGAUUUAGAUCAACAGAUAUUGGAGAAGCAGGAAUUACAAAAACAGAUGCUUCUCCAUACAUUUCAUGAACAGACAAAGGAGCUAGAAUUGCGACACCAAAUGCAACUGGAGCAAAAGUACCAGUAUGCGGUGCAUUCACAUGGCGCUUUCCAGGAACUACGAGAACAAAGACUUUCCGCCGCCGCCGCAGAGGAGCAGCAGCAGCGCGAGCGACGUGAGCGUGAGGUAAUUAAACGAAAGGAAAACUGCAGUGCCAAUGCCAGCCCCGAAGUCAAGCAAAUAUUAAAUAACUUUCUAAUUAACCGCAAACAGGCUGCCUCCUCCAAUGGCAUAACGACGACGUCACCUUACAGAAAUAGUAGAGGAGUAGUGAAAAGCUCGUCCGGCGAAUCUUUGCCAGCCGGUUCCUUAACAAGUUCACAUCCAUAUAAAAUACCACAACCGCCAUCAUCGUUUCUGAAAUAUGAAUCUGACUUUCCACUUCGAAAAACAGCAUCCGAACCAAAUUUGCUGAAGCUACGUCUAAAGCAAAGCGUCAUUGAGCGCAAGCAGAGAAUCAGCGGUCCAGCUGUGCUACGUCGGCAUGAGCGCAUACUGCAGCGAAGACAGCAGAAGCAAAAUUCCGCUUUAACAAAUUGCAGCAGCACACCGGAUUCGGGGCCCAACUCACCGCCCUCAUCCACCCUCUCCACCAGUGUGGUGGGCAGUCGUGGUUCACCGACUAGUGCACCUAUCCAAGAGGAGAACGAAGAGAGCGGACCAUAUCAGUCGGGCCAGCGUAGCAGCAUAAAUGAUCUCUCACUCUUUAGUUCACCAUCCAUGCCGAAUAUACCGCUUGGCGGUCCACACUUGGCCAGUCAUGCACAUGCUCAAGCUAAUGUCAGUAAUUAUAAUAUGCUUGCAGCACUGCGGCAACAUGUACCAACUUUGGCGGCACCCACAUACUACAGUCCGUUGGCGAUACCAUUCGCACGCCAUCAACCACACCCGCCGCCACAGCCGCCUUCGCAUGCCGCAUCGAUAGCGGUCGCUGCAGCUGGUGUUCUGCCACCUACGCCAUCGCCAGUUGUACGCUCGGCAUCGGCAACGUCCACCUCAUCGUCGCAAGCCUCCUUGGCCAGUGAUGUUUUACCACCUAUUGCGCAUGCUGCUUCAACACUUUUACCAGCCGGUAGCGCUGGCGCACACAAUCACAACGUGUUGGGCUCUGGUACUUUGCAUCCCGUCACACCCAUGGUUGGUGUUUCGCCUUCGAUGUAUGGUCAGCCCAUAACCGAUGCCCAAGUGGCUCAUGCCCACCUCAAUAAGCAAGGACACCGUCCGCUGGGACGUACUCAGUCAGCUCCGCUACCAUUGGGUCAUCCAAUGCUAACCGGCACCGGUCAGAUUGGCGUAGGACAGACGCAUUAUGAGAACAGUGAUGCGGAACAGCAGGCGCAUAUGUUGGUAACACAAAAGAUACGGCAAACACUGAUCAAUCGCAGCAGUGUCAAUCGUGAACCCCAACUCAAGGAGGAAGAAGAUGCGGCUGAAGUGAUCGAUUUGACGGACAAAAAGAAGCCGCCAAAGACCGUCAUUACAAGUAUUGUACCCACGAGUUCUUCACAAAAUCUGCCAGAGACCACCAAUGUACCAAUGGGCGCCUGCAUGCCCAAUACACCUAGUAAAUUGCGCGAUCAGGAGUACCUGCAACAACAAAGGGAGCUGUUAUAUAGACAAGCGUUGCAGAUGGAUGACUCAAUCGCACGAGGCUUAAUACGCCCACUGUCGCGUACGUUAUCUAGUCCAUUGGUGCAUAUGGGUCCGAAUGGUAUUAGUCAGCUGCCAGAUACUGGGCAAUAUGCUCCACCUAUAAUAACUUCCUCAUCAGCAGAUCAUAUACCGCCAGUUAAUCUCACAGUCCCUCAUCGGCGUCGAGUGCUCGAGCAUUCGCCAACUGGGAUGGCCGCAUCAAGUGCAUUCUCAUCCUUACCUGCCAUACAGCCGGCCAUCGCUGUUGCUGGUGCAACCAGUGGCAAACUGAUAAAUGAGUUUCCUACGCACAAAACAACCACUGGUCUCGCUUAUGAUAAUCUGAUGCAGAAGCAUGCCUGCACUUGUGGUGAUAAUUCCGUACAUCCGGAGCACAGUGGUCGUUUGCAGAGUAUAUGGGCGCGCCUUAUUGAAACUGAUCUGGCCAAACGCUGCGAUCGUCUGCGUUCACGUAAAGCCACGUUAGAAGAGUUACAAACGGUACACACAGAAGCCCAUACAAUGCUCUUCGCUUCGAGUUCGUGUCAAUUGAAUCGGCAAAAGUUGGAUAGUCCGCCGGCUUUGGGCUUUGUGCGCCUCUCCUGUGGUGGUUACGGUGUGGACUUGGAUACCACUUGGAAUAAGGAUCACACUGCCGCCGCUGCACGCAUGGCUGCGGGAUGUGUCAUUGAUUUGGCUUUUAAAACAGCCAAAGGUGACAUUAAGAAUGGUUUUGCGGUUGUGCGUCCACCUGGCCACCAUGCCGAAGCCAAUUUGGCUAUGGGUUUUUGCUUCUUCAAUUCUGUUGCGAUUGCCGCCAAAUUACUGCGUCAGCGUGUGCCCGAAAUGAAGCGUGUGCUGAUCGUAGAUUGGGACGUGCAUCAUGGCAAUGGUACACAACAGGCAUUCUACGAUAGUCCCGAUGUGCUGUAUUUGUCCAUACACAGGCACGACGAUGGUAACUUUUUCCCCGGCACUGGUGGCUCCACUGAGUGCGGUAUUGGCGCCGGCGCUGGUUUUAAUGUAAACAUCUCCUGGUCGGGUUCUUUGGAUCCACCACUGGGCGAUGCCGAAUAUAUUGCUGCAUUCCGUACAAUUGUGAUGCCCAUCGCAAAAUGUUUUAAUCCAGAUAUUAUUUUGGUGUCGGCUGGUUUCGACGCAGCUGUUGGUCAUCCCCCACCUUUAGGCGGUUACUUAGUAUCACCGGCUUGUUUUGGUUUCAUGACGCGUGAACUAAUGCAAUUGGCUGAUGGCAAAGUGGUGUUGGCUCUAGAGGGUGGCUACGAUCUACCCGCCAUUUGUGAUUCUGCGCAGGAGUGCGUACGCGCGUUGCUUGGCGAUCCGUUAUCUGCGAUCGCGGAGAGUGAGUUGAAUAGGCCGCCUUGUCAGAAUGCGAUAGAUACGCUGCAGAAGACGAUUGCCAUACAGUCACAACAUUGGCCAUGUGUACGCCGUUUGGCCCAUACCGUCGGUUUAUCUGCCCUUGAAGCAUUGAAAAUUGAACAUGACGAAUCGGAAACCAUUACGGCUAUGGCGGGACUUUCGAUGCAAUCGAUGAACAGAACUUUAUCACGUGAUGACUCAGAGGAACCAAUGGAUCAAGAUGAAGCCAAAUAAAUUUCAGCCGUGGAGCUCGAACGACUUUUGACUUGAUUGACUUGCACAUAUGCACUUAAUGUUGCUAAUGUUGCAAUUUUUUAUUAUAUAAUCCGCCGUUAAUCGAUAUACAUAUUUAUCAACCAAGCGGACAACGGAUUUGGUUACACAGACGUCUGUAGAGACUCGUUUAUUGUCUACGGAAAGUGUAAGAUGCUGUUUCGGUUUCAUGAUUUUAUUAUCUAUUCCCACUUGACUCAUGAGCUGCGGUUAUGUUGAAACAAAAAACACAAACCAACGCGCUGAAGGGAAGCCCGUCACAGCAUUUAUGUGUAGCAGUUGUAUUUGUUGGGCGUUUGAUAUUAAGUGGAGUCAACCACUCCCGACCACGUAAUUCAUUCAUUGCUAAGCCUAUGAAAGGGGAAAAAACUAAAAACAAAAGCUUUUCUAGGCAUAUAUGUAUGUAUGUAGUAGUAAAAUUGUAAACGCGUAUAUGUAUAUUAGAUAUACGUUUAAAUAUAUUUUAAAUAUAAACACAUAUAUAUGUAUGUAACUGCAUAUGUACAACAUGUAACACUUUACAAAGUAUUUGUAUAUAUACAUAUAUUUAUAUUAAAUUAAUUUAUGUGUGAAAGUGCAUAUAUGACAUAUGUAUGCUUUUUGAUAUUCAAUACUAAUAUGAUGUAAGCUCAGAGAAGAAUUUCUUAAAUGUUGAUUUAGUGUUAUAAGCUAAAGUUAGAAAAAGAAUUUUUAAUGUAAAUGUAUGUAAGGUAAAUUAUAGUAGUUCAUUUUCAUUUAGCAACAAUUUUUAAUUCUUUUUUAUCACACUUUAAGGGCACCAACAAAGAAAAAAAUAAUAUACAAUAUAUUUUUUUAAAGAAAACAUCUAUGUGAUAUAAAAAAAGAACGAAUGAAACGAGAGCCAAAUUCUUAAUGAAUCUAAUAAAUUAAAAUAUGAGUCCAAGCGCAAAUGUCAUUGACUAACCACCGCCUCUCAAAGCAGACGAUAAAAUAACGCGCAUUUACAAUACAUAAAUCACUGCAAUUGGUCAAACCCACAGAUUUAUCUAAAAACUCACUUUUAGUUUAAAACAUUUCAAAUGUGAAAUAAAACUAUUUUUUUUAUUUUUAUUUUAUACAUCUUAAUUAUUACAACCAAAACUGAAAAAAAUAACAAAACACUAUAUACCAUAUAUAAAUAAAUAUAUAUUAAUGUUAAAUAUGUUGUUGCACAUUCAAUGCAAUUGGAUGUGUUCGCAUGCGCUAAUUGUAUGUUAUUAUUAUUAUUAUUAUUAUAAUUAAUAUUAUUAUAUGUAUAUGUAUUUAAAUGUAAUUAGUCGUAAGAGAGAAUUUUUAAUAUACACAUACAUAUACGUGCGCUUAUGCGUGUAUGUAUACAAUAUGGAAUAUUGUAUGCAUAUACAUAUAUAUAUAUGUAUAUACAUAAUUGAGCAUUGUUUUAUUGCAACCCAUGCUAUUUUUCACGCUUCUAAGGAGAAAAACAACUGCAACUUCAUGUACGCACAUAAAUUAGUUUAAAGGAAAGAAAAAUGUCAUUUAUGACCAAUGAAAGUUUAGAUGAGACUAAAAAGAGACGUAAAUUAAAGCUGUAAUAGUUUUGGAGAUAGCAGUAAAUUGAUGCAACAUAAUAAUUACAAACCAGUAAACAAGAAAAUGUAAACGGAAAUUAAUUAUGUUUUUAAGCGAGGCUUGACAUACUUGGUAAUAAAAUUAUUCAAAAUAAUUUGAUAUAAAUGACUCAAAUAUUGUAGGACCAGACUGGAUUAAAAAUACAAAUGUAAAACGAGGAAUUAAAAAAAAAAUUACCAAAAAUAUAUCAUUGUUUUGUAUAACAAUUUUUUAUAAUCCUUUUUAUAGCUUGUUUUAUAUUUUUUCUUCUAUAUUUUUUUAUAUUAUUUCUUUUAUAUUUUUUCUUUUAUAUUUUUUAAUAUUUUUUUUUAUAUACAUAUAUUUAUUUUUAUAUUUUUUUUAUAAAUUUCUAGCAUGUAGACAUUUUUUAAAAUGGUUUUUUAUUGACAAAUUAAUUUUUCAAUGUUAACGUAACUAUAAAUAGCGAUUUUAUUAUUUUUCAAACAUGAUUUGUAAAUCUUAACCAGACUGGAGUGGAAAUCAUUCAUUCUGUUUUCGAAAAAUGGACACUUGAAUAUUUGUAUUUUCUCAUUUCACUAUAGUCUAUACAAACUAUGAAUCUUUUGCGUCUAAAUUUUCAUUUGUAAUGAACAGACAUUUUUCUCUCUAAAUUUUAUGUGCAUAUACACACACACAAUGGUAAAUGUUAGUAAUAUUGAAUGUGGUGUGCGACGUUUUCUUGUUGACUUGGUGCAUACUUUGUAUACGCUUCAAAUAGUAAUAAUCUAUAUAAAAUGAAAAUGCAAAAACAAAACAAGCAACAAAUGUACAAAAUUUCUGCUGCAACUAGCAGUGAAUAAAUACAGUAAACCAGAAGAAAAGAAAAUAAACGUGACAUGUCACUUGUUAUGAAAGCAAACUGAAAAUAGUAAAAUAAAAUUUAAAUGUGUUUUUAAUGGAGCGUUCAAAUUGAAAUCAAUUAGAAACGUAAAAAGUAAACAAAUGAAAAAGUCCUGGCCAGAUUUAAUGUUAACAUAUUAAAUGUAUAAGUAAUGGAAAAUAAAGAAAGAAAUGGAUAUAAACAAACUUAAGUUUGAUUCGUAUUAUUACAACAAAGAGUGUGAUUUAAGGCACUCAAUGUAGCACAAAACAACGAGUAAGAAGUAAAUUUGUAUGCAUGUACUUGUGUUUGUUUUGCAAUGUUUUACUUUGGUAUUAAAGUGAAAAUUUAAAUGCUCUUGCACUGUCUGGCAACUCAACAUUUGAAAAAAUAAACGUCACUUUUAAGUAAGUGAUGAUAAAAAAAAAAAUAUUGUAAUUGAUAAACACUCUUUGUGAAAAGUGUUGAAACAUACGUGUAGUCUAUACCUAAAAUUUGACCAAAAGAUUUUCUCAAUGUGAUAGAAAAUGUUUUUUUUACCCUAAGAGAUAAAUUGCCAAAUCUUGGAAAAUAGCGAAUCGAACACGUAACUGGCAUAAGUCACAUAGCCUGGUAUAAUAAAAGAGAAACAGUUUAGAAGAAAUUGAUAAGACUUUAUUGAGGUACCUACACACCCUCAUGUAUUGAAUUUAAUUGGAAAACUUUUUGCUGCUUUCGCAUGCAAAUUUUUUUUGACAAGAGCGUAAAACACAAAAAGCGAUCAAAACAGUGACGAAUCAAAGAGGGCUAAUAACUGAUGAUUUUAUACUAACCAUUACCACAACCCAUGAGUUGAAAAAAUUUAACAUAAAAAAGUUGUUUGAAAGUACUUUUCAAUUAAAAUAUAAAAAGCGUUGAAGUACGAUUUACAGUUAUGAAUCUGCGACAGUCUUCUAACAAAAUUAUACAAAAUUAAUACUUAUUUAAACAGUACAAAAUACAAUGGGAAAGGAAAAGUUUUAUUGAAAAUAUUUAUAAAGUAAAGAGGAUUUUAGAAAAAGAAAAAGGAAUUUAAGAAUUGUAAAGUGUUAUCCAACAAGAUUGUAAAGGUUCAUAAAAAGAGUACAAACCUUUUAGUAGAUCUGCAACAUUUUUAAGUUGACUAUAGCCAGAUUUAUGGUAUGCUAUGUUUUGUAUACAGCGCCACAGAUGAUAACUUUCGCCAACAGUUGGCGUCAAAAACGUUGCAGCAAUAAUAAGAACUUACCGAUAUCCUGACAUAUUUUCCUUUUGUCAACUAUGAUGCAACCGCAAACACGAUUUUAGAAAUAUGUUAAAAAAUAGGUAUAAUCUGACAUUCGAAUUUGACAUUAGCUAUUAUCUUUAAAAGAUAAUUUUUGUAUACGUUUGGCUAUAUAGGAAUAUCCACAUAGCCAUUAUAGAAAUCAACACAGGAAAAGUGAUUGUGUUCACAGAAAUUAACAAUAUUUCAAACAAACUCUCUUAAUUAAAUGUCCUAAAAAAUAAAAAGAAUAAUCACAAAUUACCCAAUUCACAUGAAAACCAUUGUAAAAGUAGAAAGUUAGCUCAUUUCGAAUAUGACUGUCUAAUGUUGUAAUUUAAUUUGUUCCGUUAGAAAGAAAUUUUGUAGAAUUUAAACUCUAAGAAUUGAAAAAAUUGCUCAUCGACCUAAGCUACUCUAUCAUUACACCACAGAUAUAAAUAGACGCUUUUGCGAAAUUAUGAGACAUAUGAGUCGGAAUGCAAAUGGCAGAAAUAAUAAAACGACUUGCCCGAAACUAAGACCGCGUUUUUUCUUAUCUUAAACCUAGCGGAACAAUGGAGAGUUUCUAAGUUACUGGAGUUGGUAACCAAUUUUAUAUUGACUUUUAAACGCCAUGUUUGUUAGUCUUUUCCAAUCGGUGGUCGCCAAAAAACCAUAAAUAUAAAAAUUUGUCCCUACAAGUCAUG